AUGGCUUACGCUUAUGGUUUUGGAAGCGGUGACGACACCACCAACACUUAUAAUCCAAGAGUCCAUUUCAAAGUUGCUGAGAAGGAAGGAUUCUAUUUGGGAGCAUCUCAAGAUGACUACCGUACUUUGUAAGUUGAAUAAUAAUCUUUUGAUUAUUUAUUAAAUUAUCGUUGUUCAGGUUUGUUGGAAAUUUGGAUCCAUCGGUAACUGAAGAUUUCGUUGCUACGCUCUACAAUCAAAUUGGUUCUGUUGUCAAGACAAAAAUUAUUUACGAUGUAAGUUUGGUCAGUCAAUAAUUGAGACUGUCCGAUAUAAUUCGUUAUUGCAGCAAACUAUUUUUAAAAUAUUCGGUAUGUAAUUUUGAAUUACUUUUUUCAUUUUAUUUCGUUUAUACGGUUUAAUUCAAAAAAGUUUGUCAUUUAGCAGGACUGGUGAAGUUAUGCUGCAUCACGGGAGUGAACUGCAUUUGGCGAGAUUUUCUAACAACAACCAUCUUCACUUAUCAGUGUAUUAUUUAUCUUUAUUUUAAUUUCUUUUCAAUUAGUCUAGGGAUCAGACAUACUGAGAAACGAAUAAGUCAAUGAAAAAUUAAAAUGUUUAAUUUUUCAGAAUGGAUUUGACCCAUACGCGUUUGUUGAGUUUUCGGACAAUGGCCAAGCCACCCAAGCUUUGCAAGCUAUGAAUAAACGCUCUUUAUUGGACAAGGAAAUGAAAGUUAGCUGGGUUGCUGAACCAGGACAACAUGUAUCCAAGCCAGAUACCACUAGACAUUUCCAUGUUUUUGUUGGCGAUUUGUCUGCUGAAGUUGACAACAAGAUUCUCAAAGAAGCUUUCCAACCAUUCGGUGACAUUUCUGAUGCCAAAGUCAUUCGCGAUACGAAUACCACCAAAUCGAAAGGAUACGGUUUCGUGUCUUAUCCAAAACGCGAAGAAGCUGAAAGAGCUAUUGAGCAAAUGAAUGGACAAUGGUUGGGUCGUAGAACUAUUCGAACCAAUUGGGCCACAAGAAAGCCAGGAGAUUCUCAACCACCAGCUCAUCCUGAAAAAUCGUAUGAUGAAGUUUUCCAUCAAACAGCAACUGAUAACACCUCAGUCUAUGUCGGAAACAUUGGUGCUUUGAGCGGUAAGUUAAUAAUAAAACUGUAGAUAUAACUUGAAUUAUUUGUUUUAGAGGAUGAAAUCAAGCAAGCUUUCAUCAGCUACGGCCGUAUCGCCGAAGUCAGAAUUUUCAAAGUUCAAGGAUACGCUUUCGUUAAAUACGAGAACAAAGAAUCGGCAACAAAAGCUAUUCUCCAAAUGAACAAUCAAGAAGUCGGAGGUCAAAUUGUUCGAUGCAGCUGGGGAAAAAACAGCGAUGUAAGUUUUAGGAAAAUUAACUAGUUGAAAAUGAACCAAUUUUCAGUCUGGAAAACAAGGAGGUUAUGGAUACGGAUAUGGAGGACCAACUGGUGCUAAUGCUUCUGGUUACGGUAAUAGUCAUUCUUAUGGUGGAGCUACAGGUGGAAAUGCUGCUGCUGGAGGUGCCCAAUCAAGCAAUGCCAACCAACAAUAUUGGCAAUAUUAUGCACAAUAUUACAACAAUCCACAAUUGAUGCAACAAUGGAGUAAUUAUUGGCAACAACAAAGUGGAGCUUCUGGUCAAAAUGCUCCAGGAGGAAGUACUGGCCAUUAG